AUGAUAGUACCAAGAUUUACAGUUGAACAAAAUAAUGAUUUCAUUAUUGUUGUUGCGAGAACACCUUAUAUCAAAGCGAAUGAAGCCGAUUUCUACUUGAUGGAUACGGUGUUCAAGUUCUACUGUAAACCAUAUUUCCUAAGAUUGACAUUCUCUCACUCGAUCGUUGAGAAUGGCAAGGAGAAGGCAAGCUACAAUCUCGAUACACAGGAAUUCACUUUUCUUUUGCCAAAGGCUGUAUCUGGUCAAUACUUUAGCGAUCUUGACAUGAUUACUAAACUCUUGGACAAGAAGAAGACCGUUGGCAAUAAGAUAGAGGUAUUGAACGAAGGUACAACCAUAGAACCAGAUAAUAUCGAUCAGGAUCAAGAGAUGGAUAGUGAUGACGAAGAUGAAGACGAUGAACUAAACUACGUUCAAGACGACGGUGGAGAAGAAUGGGAAUUCGAACAAAAGUUAUCAGAAACACCAAGUUUGGAUGAAAUUAGAAAUAAACCACAUUAUGGAUUCAAUAAUAAAUAUGUUGGAUUCUUUGUAGAUUUACAGUCAGAGAUUACAGAGAUCAUCGAUAUUCCAAAUAUCGAUGAGAUUACAAAAGAAGAAAGAACAACAGUUAGAACUGAAUUAGAGAAUUUAAAGUUUGAUCCAGAUAGAUAUAUGGAAAAUUAUUAUUUUAAAGAAAAUGUUGAAGAACUUUUACAUUAUAAAGCAUUUUGGGAAGAUGCAAUCGAGAAGAAGAAACAAAUAAAAGAAUCACUAAAGAAUGAAAAGAAAGAUAAUAUAUUAUCAGUAGAAGAAAAGGAAAAGACAACAGCAACAACAACAAAAGUAGAAUCAGAAGUGGUAGUUACUGAAAAGAAAGAAUAUAAUCCGUCGAAUUUAGAAGAGUUUGAAGAGUUGACAAAUGAAACAGAGUUUGAAGAAAAUGGAAUUCCAAGUGAAAUAGCACAACAAAUCAAUUCAACACUCUCCAAAAAGAUUGAAAUCGUUGGAAAUGAAGAGAAACAACAAAGUCGUCAACGUGACUACGAUGCGCUGAGUCAAUUGAAAAAGGUUGUUACAUUCACCGACGAGGAGCGUGACAUCAUGAAGAACCUACCAAACAAAGAGUAUCUGGUGGACGAAGAUCAAGAGAAAUCAUUGCUAAUGGGAUUGGUGGAUUUGAUGUUUGCCUACGCGUACAAUGUCCGUUCCAAUUAUGGCGAUGACAACAACAUCGAAUCGGCUUGGACCAUAACCAAAGUCAGUCCUACACUCUCUUCACUACUUGGAAAGCGUUGUCUGUUGAAAUGUCUUUUGGCAAUCCGUAAAUCUUUGGAAUCACACGAGUACAAAUAUUAUCUCAAUCGUUUGUACAUCGAUGACUAUUGUGUUUGGCUGCAAUACGCAAACAAGAAGAAGUUGAAAUCACUCACCAAGAAUCUAAUGGAAAUGAAUAUCAGCAAGUCCGACAUUGAAUGGCCACUCGAAGCCUACGAGAAAUUGGUUGAAGAGGAAGGAAUGGUUUUUGGAGGGGAUGAAGAUGAAGAUGAAGAAAUUUAA